AUGUAUGGAGUAAAAAAUAUAACGGAAAAAAUCAAGCGUCCCGGUGGUGGAUUUGGACUGGUUCCAAGUGGUUCUGCUGUGACGGCCGGCCCCGGGGAGGGUCGACGGUGUGUAACCACUAACCAACCGACGAGAUCCCCUGGUUCAGAAACGGGCGGGUUUGUUUGUGUCUCGGCCCUCUCAGUCCCUCGCUCUCGACUUUUGACCGUUUUGUCUACUAGUGAUAAUAGAAAAACCGCUGCCAGAUAG